AUGAAGCUGCUAGGUGUCCCUGCCCAAAACGUGCCGGUUAUGCAGAAGACGGUUGGAAAUUUGGAUAGUGCCAAGUCAUUCGAAAUCAUUCACCGAACUAUCACUGCCUUCUUGGGAUUUGGGCUUCGUCAAGCAUCCCCGAGUCCGCUUGAGGAGGUCACUUCGCAGUAUCCGGAGGUAUCGGUCUUUGCGCGAGGUGGAUGA